CCUUGUUCGACUUUGAUAUGAAUUCAAGAAACUGGAAAUGUACAAAAAAGAACCACGUACUUGUGGUUCUUGCUCUGUUUUUCUUUCAACACUAUUUACAUGUGUCAUUUAAGCUUGUUGAGGCCAAAAGUAAUGUCUAUAUUGUGUACUUGGGAGGAAAGAAGCAUGGUGAACCAGAAGCUAACAAAAAAACCCAACAUAAAUUGCUAGUCAACUUGCUAGGAAGCAAAAAAGAUGCAAAAAGAUCUAUUGUAUACAGCUACAGACAUGGUUUUUCCGGGUUUGCUGCAAGGUUAACAGAAAGUGAGGCUGAAUCUAUGGCAGAAUUUCCUGAAGUUAUCCAGGUGAUUCCUAACCGCAUACACAAGCUACAUACCACUAGAAGUUGGGAAUUCAUCGGUAUCAGACAUAAUUCUCAGAAAAAUGACUUGACUGAGAAUACUGGGAAAGGAACUAUUAUUGGUCUCAUAGAUACUGGUAAAAACAAAUAUUAUCUGAAAAGAAUUAAACAAUAA